AUGGCGUUCACAUUCUACAGUUUACUCGAAGCCUGUCUUUUAGUGGUAAAUGCUGUUGCGGUGCUUCACGAGGAGCGAUUUCUGGCGAAAAGUAAGUUACAUGUGUAUAUUUUGUCAUUUUUCAGAGAAAGGUUUGUUUGAUUUACGGUGAACAAUUAGUUUACUGAUUAUCAGCUUAUAAAUGACUUCGGAAUACUCAGAAUAGAUCCUAUUGAAUAUCUCAGGGUAUCUCUGUCUUCAGUUUCAAUGUACUUUCAAUCUAGAGAUAUGGUAAUUCAUUGGUUCUUACCUCGAAAUGUGCGGUUACCUGCCAAGAAAACACGCAGUUUAUGCAAUUCACUGAGUCAGCGUUCGCUAUUAAUGUCACGCUUUGAAUUAGGUACUUUUAAGGAUCGAAUUGGAACAUUUAACGUUGUAGAACCUUGGUAUACCAACAGGGUUAUGUACAGGAUCAAGUUUUAUUUGCUGCUUACAGCUGGCCACCUCUUGAGUGUACACUGCAUAGUGGUGGGGAGAGGUGACAGGUGUUGGGGAUAUUUGGUGAAUUUCAUAUUUUCUCUGUUCCAGUUGGAUGGGGUACGGACCAGCUCUCAGGAUUUGGAGACGAAAGAGGAACAAAACACCAAGUCAUUAAUCUAAUACAUUCAGUCAGGACUGUUAUGAGAAGUAAGUUGAAGGGUUUAAGUUGGUAUAACAUGGUUAACAUUGUAAAGUAAUUCUCCACCUUCCAGUAGCUUGACAGCUGAUUAACUGGGUUUUUAAAGAGAAAUGUACUACUAGGAAAAUUGUGUAAAGUGACUUUUGAUUAUUCUCCAUAUGAGUCGGAAAUAGCUAAAGCCAUUACUUCUUAGAUCUUUGAUACUUAAUGAACAAACUGGCCUUGAAUUGGUGCCUCUCUGUCAAUUAAAUCUGACAUACAAAUCAAACUGGCAGUGACAACACAAUAUUUUUCAGUAAGUAUACUUACAUCUUAGAAAAUAAAUAUGUAUAAAUAAAUGAAAAGGAAUGAAUGGUUAGUAAGUGAUGAUUCAAAUUCUCACCCUUGUAAAAGUUAUUUCUUUUCUUCUCAUUUUUCAGUACCUCUUAUUUUGCUUAACUCACUUACAAUACUUUUAUUACUACUGAUGGGAUGAUCUUACAUGGCACAACAUGUCUUGAAAUACUUGGACUUCGGAGUUGUUGAAGAAAUCAGUGGGGCAUUGAAUCAGAGUAUUUUUGAAAGAAAAGAAAACUUCUCCAAGUGAAUUCACUUUUCUGAGGAUAAGGACUAAUUGAAUUGUCUGCCUUGUUUUAUGGAACCCAAUAUCAACCAGUAUAGAGUAGGUAACUGCAAAGCGAUGGAGUUUUCAAAAAUUAUUUUUUCCAAGUACCUUGAUAAGAA